GCCAGAUUUCAAGCAGAGGAAAGGGAAUAGAUCUACUUUUAUAUAGUUAUUUUUCCCGAGGCUACGGUUUCCUUGAAGGAACUAAGAUACUAAGCGAUCGGUUUUCUUGAAACGUCAGGCCGUCUCGUUUGUUGCUUUGAUUUCGGAACGCGAUCAUCACGUUUUAUUUGGCUGGGUUUUGAAGAUGUUACAUGAACUUAUCCUCUGCUGUUUGGUGGUAGCGAUUUUCACACCAGCUGCAGUUCCAGAGAGCACAGCCACAAUGCCAUCUUCUACCAGAAACGCUAUGGAAACCAAUUGGAGCAGCACCACCACCAACAGUGUACCUUCAAAAAUGCCAGUAAAUGAUUCAAACACGCAUGUCACCACAAACUCUACCACUAUGGAAGCGGACACAACCUUAGACCACAGCCCUGUACCAUUAACUACUCCAGAAAAUAAUUCAACCAGACCUGUCACCACAAACUCUACCACUAUGGAAGCGGACACAACCUUAGACCACAGUCCUGUACCAUUAACUACUCCAGAAGAUAAUUCAACCACGCAUGUCACCACAAACUCUACCACUAUGGAAGCGGACACAACCUUAGACCACAGUCCUGUACCAUUAACUACUCCAGAAGAUAAUUCAACCACGCAUGUCACCACAAACUCUACCACUAUGGAAGCGGACACAACCUUAGAUCACAGUUCUGUACCAUUAACUACUUCAGAAAAUAAUUCAACCACACCUGUCACCACAAACUCUACCACAAUGGAAGCGGACACAACCUUAGACCACAGCCCUUUACCAUUAACUACUCCAGAAGAUAAUUCAACCACGCAUGUCACCACAAACUCUACCACUAUGGAAGCGGACACAACCUUAGACCACAGUUCUGUACCAUUAACUACUUCAGAAAAUAAUUCAACCACACCUGUCACCACAAACUCUACCACAAUGGAAGCGGACACAACCUUAGACCACAGCCCUGUACCAUUAACUACUUCAGAAAAUAAUUCAACCACACCUGUCAUCACAAACUCUACCACUAUGGAAGCGGACACAACCUUAGACCACAGCCCUGUACCAUUAACUACUUCAGAAAAUAAUUCAACCACACCUGUCACCACAAACUCUACCACUAUGGAAGCGGACACAACCUUAGACCACAGCCCUGUACCAUUAACUACUCCAGAAAAUAAUUCAACCACACCUGUCACCACAAACUCUACCACUAUGGAGGCGAACACAACCUUAGACCACAGCCUUGUACCAUUAACUACUCCAGAAAAUAAUUCAACCACGCAUGUCACCACAAACUCUACCACUAUGGAAGCGGACACAACCUUAGACCACAGUCCUGUACCAUUAACUACUCCAGAAAAUAAUUCAACCACACCUGUCACCACAAACUCUACCACUAUGGAAGCGGACACAACCUUAGACCACAGUCCUGUACCAUUAACUACUCCAGAAGAUAAUUCAACCACGCAUGUCACCACAAACUCUACCACUAUGGAAGCGGACACAACCUUAGACCACAGUUCUGUACCAUUAACUACUUCAGAAAAUAAUUCAACCACACCUGUCACCACAAACUCUACCACUAUGGAAGCGGACACAACCUUAAACCACAGCCCUUUACCAUUAACUACUCCAGAAGAUAAUUCAACCACGCAUGUCACCACAAACUCUACCACUAUGGAAGCGGACACAACCUUAGACCACAGUUCUGUACCAUUAACUACUUCAGAAAAUAAUUCAACCACACCUGUCACCACAAACUCUACCACAAUGGAAGCGGACACAACCUUAGACCACAGCCCUGUACCAUUAACUACUCCAGAAAAUAAUUCAACCACGCAUGUCACCACAAACUCUACCACUAUGGAAGCGGACACAACCUUAGACCACAGCCCUGUACCAUUAACUACUCCAGAAAAUAAUUCAACCACACCUGUCACCACAAACUCUACCACUAUGGAAGCGGACACAACCUUAGACCACAGCCCUGUACCAUUAACUACUCCAGAAAAUAAUUCAACCACGCAUGUCACCACAAACUCUACCACUAUGGAAGCGGACACAACCUUAGACCACAGCCCUGUACCAUUAACUACUCCAGAAAAUAAUUCAACCACGCAUGUCACCACAAACUCUACCACUAUGGAAGCAGACACAACCUUAGACCACAGCCCUGUACCAUUAACUACUCCAGAAAAUAAUUCAACCACGCAUGUCACCACAAACUCUACCACUACGGAAGCCGACACAACCUUAGACCACAGCCCUGUACCAUUAACUACUUCAGAAAAUAAUUCAACCACACCUGUCACCACAAACUCUACCACUAUGGAAGCGGGCACAACCUUAGACCACAGCCCUGUACCAUUAACUACUCUAGAAAAUAAUUCAACCACACCUGUCACCACAAACUUUACCACUAUGGAAGCGGACACAACCUUAGACCACAGUCCUGUACCAUUAACUACUUCAGAAAAUAAUUCAACCACACCUGUCACCACAAACUCUACCACAAUGGAAGCGUACACAACCUUAGACCACAGCCCUGUACCAUUAACUACUCCAGAAAAUAAUUCAACCACACCUGUCAUCACAAACUCUACCACUAUGGAGGCAGACACAACCUUAGACCACAGUCCUGUACCAUUGACUACUCCAGAAAAUAAUUCAACCACACCUGUCACCACAAACUCUACCACUAUGGAAGCGGACACAACCUUAGACCACAGCCCUGUACCAUUAACUACUCCAGAAAAUAAUUCAACCACGCAUGUCACCACAAACUCUACCACAAUGGAAGCGGACACAACCUUAGACCACAGCCCUGUACCAUUAACUACUCCAGAAAAUAAUUCAACCACGCAUGUCACCACAAACUCUACCACUAUGGAAGCCGGCACAACCUUAGACCACAGUCCUGUACCAUUAACUACUCCAGAAAAUAAUUCAACCACACCUGUCACCACAAACUCUACCACUAUGGAAGCGGGCACAACCUUAGACCACAGCCCUGUACCAUUAACUACUCUAGAAAAUAAUUCAACCACACCUGUCACCACAAACUCUACCACAAUGGAAGCGGACACAACCUUAGACCACAGCCCUGUACCAUUAACUACUCCAGAAAAUAAUUCAACCACACCUGUCAUCACAAACUCUACCACUAUGGAGGCAGACACAACCUUAGACCACAGUCCUGUACCAUUGACUACUCCAGAAAAUAAUUCAACCACACCUGUCACCACAAACUCUACCACUAUGGAGGCGGACACAACCUUAGACCACAGCCCUGUACCAUUAACUACUCCAGAAAAUAAUUCAACCACACCUGUCACCACAAACUCUACCACAAUGGAGGCGGACACAACCUUAGACCACAGCCUUGUACCAUUAACUACUCCAGAAAAUAAUUCAACCACGCAUGUCACCACAAACUCUACCACUAUGGAAGCCGACACAACCUUAGACCACAGUCCUGUACCAUUAACUACUCCAGAAAAUAAUUCAACCACUCCUGUCACCACAAACUCUACCACUAUGGAAGCGGACGCAACCUUAGACCACAGUCCUGUACCAUUAACUACUUCAGAAAAUAAUUCAACCACACCUGUCACCACAAACUCUACCACUAUGGAAGCGGACACAACCUUAGACCACAGCUCUGUACCAUUAACUACUCCAGAAAAUAAUUCAACCACACCUGUCACCACAAACUCUACCACUAUGGAAGCGGACACAACCUUAGACCACAGUCCUGUACCAUUAACUACUCCAGAAAAUAAUUCAACCACACCUGUCACCACAAACUCUACCACUAUGGAAGCGGACACAACCUUAGACCACAGCUCUUUACCAUUAACUACUCCAGAAAAUAAUUCAACCACACCCGUCACCACAAACUCUGCCACAAUGGAAGCGGACACAACCUUAGACCACAGCCCUGUACCAUUAACUACUCCAGAAAAUAAUUCAACCACGCAUGUCACCACAAACUCUACCACUAUGGAAGCCGACACAACCUUAGACCACAGUCCUGUACCAUUAACUACUCCAGAAAAUAAUUCAACCACUCCUGUCACCACAAACUCUACCACUAUGGAAGCGGACGCAACCUUAGACCACAGUCCUGUACCAUUAACUACUUCAGAAAAUAAUUCAUCCACACCUGUCACCACAAACUCUACCACUAUGGAAGCGGACACAACCUUAGACCACAGCUCUGUACCAUUAACUACUCCAGAAAAUAAUUCAACCACACCUGUCACCACAAACUCUACCACUAUGGAAGCGGACACAACCUUAGACCACAGCCCUGUACCAUUAACUACUCCAGAAAAUAAUUCAACCACACCUGUCACCACAAACUCUACCACUAUGGAAGCGGACACAACCUUAGACCACAGCUCUUUACCAUUAACUACUCCAGAAAAUAAUUCAACCACACCCGUCACCACAAACUCUGCCACAAUGGAAGCGGACACAACCUUAGACCACAGCCCUGUACCAUUAACUACUCCAGAAAAUAAUUCAAACACGCAUGUCACCACAAACUCUACCACUAUGGAAGCCGACACAACCUUAGACCACAGUCCUGUACCAUUAACUACUCCAGAAAAUAAUUCAACCACACCUGUCACCACAAACUCUACCACUAUGGAAGCGGACACAACCUUAGACCACAGUCCUGUACCAUUAACUACUCCAGAAAAUAAUUCAACCACACCUGUCACCACAAACUUUACCACUAUGGAAGCGGACGCAACCUUAGACCACAGCCCUGUACCUUCAACUACUCCAGUAACGGACACAACCUUACACCAUAGCCCUGUACCUUCAACCACUCUAGUAAAUAAUUUAACCACACCUGUCACAAUAAAUGAAACCACUAUGGAAACAACAGCACCCAGCACUUCCGGUUCCACCACUCCAACAGGAGGCCCAACAGCAGCCAACAUCUCCAGUUCCACCCCUUCAACAGCGCCCAACUCAUCUGCUUCCACCCCUGCAACAGGUAGCCCAACAGCAGCCAACAUCUCCAGUUCCACCCCAACAGUCCCUAGAACUUCAGGUUCUACCCCUCCAACAGUGCCCAGCCCAUCUGCUUCCACCCACCCAACAGUGCCCAGCUCCUCUGCAUCCACCCACCCAACAGUGCCCAGCUCCUCUGCAUCCACCCAUCUAACAGCACCCAGCCCGUCUGCAUCCACCCACCCAACAGUGCCCAGCCCAUCUGCAUCCACCCACCCAACAGUGCCCAGCCCCUCUGCUUCCACCCACCCAACAGUGCCCAGCUCCUCUGUUUCCACCCACCCAACAGUGCCCAGCUCCUCUGCUUCCACCCACCCAACAGUGCCCAUCUCCUCUGUUUCCACCCACCCAACAGUGCCCAGCCCCUCUGCUUCCACCCACCCAACAGUGCCCAGCUCCUCUGUUUCCACCCACCCAACAGUGCCCAGCCCCUCUGCUUCCACCCACCCAACAGUGCCCAGCUCCUCUGUUUCCACCCACCCAACAGUGCCCAGCUCCUCUGCUUCCACCCACCCAACAGUGCCCAGCUCCUCUGCAUCCACCCACCCAACAGUGCCCAGUCCGUCUGCAUCCACCCACCCAACAGUGCCCAGUCCGUCUGCAUCCACCCACCCAACAGUGCCCAGUCCGUCUGCAUCCACCCACCCAACAGUGCCCAGUCCGUCUGCAUCCACCCACCCAACAGUGCCCAGCUCCUCUGUUUCCACCCACCCAACAGUGCCCAGUCCGUCUGCAUCCACCCACCCAACAGUGCCCAGCUCCUCUGCAUCCACCCACCCAACAGUGCCCAGCUCCUCUGCUUCCACCCACCCAACAGUGCCCAGCUCCUCUGCUUCCACCCCAACAGAAUCCACACUUACCACUGUCAGACCUGCAGGUUUCUGUUUCUCAAACCCCUGUCCUUUUGACAGCAUCUGUGAGGAACUCUUCAUGUCUUUCCGAUGCUUGUGCCUCCCAGGAUCUUUCUACUCCAGCACUGAGAGGUCGUGUGUCCAAGCACGAGUCUUUCCAGGACGGCUACGUCUCACUUCUUUACAAUUUCAAGAUGAAAUGGCUAACACGUCCUCCCCAAUUUUUCUGAGAACUUCACAGGACAUCUCAAGAACGUUGGAAGAAUCACUGAGAGGGCAGCCAGGUUACGUCCGCUCCACAGUUCUGCAGCUCAGCCGAGGGAGUGUGGUGGCCACUGUGGACAACGUGUUCUCCCUGGCCUCGAACGUCACCCAGGCAACAGCGAGCGCGGCCAUAAUGGAGGCUAUCCAAGGGUGCGGAGAAAACUGUAUCCUGAAAGGGGCUGAGUUCAACGAGACAGAUCUGUGCAGCCAGGUUCCUGGGCCUUGCGACACCAUGACAACGAGCUGCAACUUAAGUGGAGGCAUUUCGGCGUGCACCUGCAAGCCUGGCCACCUCAAAACACUCUACUCCAACAAAAGCUGCACAGCGUGCCCCAGCGGCAGCAAGGCUGAGGAUGGGAAGUGCGUCGCAUGCCCGUUUGGUUAUGCAGGGUUUAACUGCAAUGAUUCGUCUCUGUUGGCGGUGGUGGUGAUCUCUUGUGUCCUCGGUGGAGUCCUGCUCAUUCUAUUGCUGGCCUUCAUCAUCUCCUGCUGCUGCCGGAAGAAGAAAGAUCCCACCUACAGCAGCCCCUACCCUGCAGAAGACGCUGGUCCAACUAGCAGUUGGUCCAACAGGCAGAUCAUUCCCAUCCCCCGAGCCAGUCUGCACUGGGACUCCUCCCAGAUGGAGCUGACCGAGAACAGGAACGCAGGCAGGAAGAGCCACGGCAACGGCUCGACGGGGUCUUACGACGUCUCUAAGGUGAACCUGAGUACUUUCAAGGACGAAAACCCGGCCAGGUACUCCUACCUGGCCCAAGGUCACGAGAACCCCUACUUCCUGGCGGAGGACGAGAGGAAGGGGAAAUGAGCUUCCGGUUUCCAGGACGGAGUUCAUUCCUGUCCCUUUUGGGGUGGUUGGGGGGAGGGGGGGUGAGCUUACGGCCUGAAUGAACUGUGGCGUCUCUCACGGAUGUCCAGCUCCUGCACACCGCAGGAGCUUUCUAAUCUCCACCUCUAAUGACACGACCAAAGAAAAACGGGUUGCGUGCAUUGCGUGUGAAAAAAAAACGAAACUAUUUAUACGACUGAAUGUGCUGAACAAUUAUAGCUGUGGGAUCAAGGAUGCAAUGUGCGUUAUUUCCAGCAGAUGUCUCUGGUCUCAGUGGUUUCGGACCUUAUCUGUCUUUACCGUGGUCAUUCCUCAUUUUGCCUACUUUUUUCUUUUUUUGUGGUUGAGGAGGGUGUGGGGGUUGUUAUGAUUGCACAAGGUGAUGUGUCAAGCUAUACCAUAUAGCCUCCCCUUUUUCAUUGAUAAAUGUAGUAUUUAAAAGCAAGCCUAUUUAGCAAUGACAUUCAGCCUUGUGCGACGUGUGCCACAAACUGGUUUCUAAUCGACGUUUCCUGAUGACUGUGUAACUGGUGUUUCACGCGUUUGGAUAACAUUUUCUCUCUGAUGUCUGAAUGUGUGCUUCACAGUGUCGCAAAAUGAAACAGGCUGAAGAGAUGAAGGGCUGGAACCCUGACUUCAUUUUUAUAUAAAAAGGAGGAUUUAAAAAAAUCUAAAUACAGAAGCCAAUUACAGCUCAUGGGUUGAUUUAGCCUUUUGUUAUUAAAGCUGCUUGAACAUUCACCCGUGCCUCUACCUGCGGCUAAUACUGAAUGCAAAUAUAUUAAAGAAUAGGAAUGUCGUGCUAAAAGCUUUCGAACAAUCUCCUGACCUCGAUGUGCCAAUAUUCUAUAUUUAUAAAUUGCAGCAAAGGGAAUGUAUGUAAAUGUUGUAUUACGUGUAUAUAAAUACUGCACUGAUUUCUAAGUGUAUAUAUGACUUUUGUAAGUGAGGAUGGCUUAUUUUUUUGCACAGAAUAAUACCAAGAGAAUCAUGGAAAUAAAGGAAUUUAGCACAGA